CACAAUACACAAUCACACACUUUACACAAUCAAUCUCUCUCUCUCUCUCUUUCUCUCUCUAGAAACUCUUCCACAACUAUAAACUCAAGCAUCAAGUUUUUUCAACUCAAAAAAACCAAACUUCACCUAUGGCGGCAGGACUAACCGCCACUAUAACAAUUCAACCCUUAAACCGUUACUACAAACCUUUGUUACCUUAUAAUCUCCAAAAACCAACACCAACACUUAUCUUAUCCCCUUUAAGAUGUUUUCAUCAAAAAACAACCUUAAAAACACAAAGGUUGAAAAGCUUUACCCUUUGUGUUCUCAUGGAAGAUCCAAAACGUGAUACACAAAUGGAAAUUGAAGAAGAAAAAUCAACAACUCUUCAAGAGAAUAAUUAUAUUAUUCCUCAAGUUGUGUCACUAAAAAUGGCAGAGAAAUUAGCUAGGAAAAAAUCAGAGAGGUUUACUUAUCUUGUUGCAGCUGUUAUGUCUAGCCUUGGUAUAACAUCUAUGGCUGUGUUGUCUGUUUAUUUAAGAUUUUCAUGGCAAAUGGAGGGAAGUGGAGAAAUUCCUUGGUCUGAAAUGUUUGGUACAUUUGCUCUAUCUGUGGGUGCUGCUGUGGGAAUGGAGUUUUGGGCUAGAUGGGCUCACAAGGCUCUUUGGCAUGCUUCCUUGUGGCACAUGCAUGAGUCCCAUCAUAGAGCAAGAGAAGGAGCUUUCGAGUUGAAUGAUGUUUUUGCAAUAAUCAAUGCUGUUCCUGCUAUCGCUCUCCUUAACUUUGGUUUCUUUCACAAAGGAUUGGUCCCUGGUCUUUGCUUUGGUGCGGGUCUUGGAAUUACGGUAUUUGGGAUGGCCUACAUGUUUGUACAUGAUGGUUUGGUUCAUAGGAGAUUCUCAGUGGGACCCAUUGCCAAUGUGCCCUAUUUCAGAAGGGUAGCUGCAGCCCACAAACUUCACCAUUCAGACAAAUUCGAAGGGGUGCCAUAUGGGCUGUUUUUGGGACCAAAGGAACUUGAGGAAGUGGGAGGGCUAGAAGAGCUAGAGAAAGAGAUAAGUAGGAGGACAAAAUCAUACAAUAGUAGUUCAUGACAAAAGCAAACACUAAUCUAGAUAUGUUUAAAAAAGUUAUUAUUGUAAAGAAAUAUUUGAAUGAAAUGAAAGAAAAAGUUUUGCUUCCA